AUGCUGACGUUUGGUUCGGACCUGCUGCAACUGCUCAGGCCACUGGUUCUCCUGUCGUGUGCCCGAUAUGCUCUAUCUUUCCUCGCAGAAAACUCCCAGACCGUAUUAUCUUUCCCAUUCACCCACGCACCGGCUUCCCUCCCUCACGACAACCCAACUCACUCAUUCUGGACACACACUCCAGGAGCCAAUCUUCUCGCCUCUGAAGGGAGUACCGGUACUCUAACAGACGAAGCUGACGUCUGUAUAAUCGGCUCUGGGAUAACUGGCGUGUCUGCAGCCUACCAUCUCGCAAAUGCUGUCUCCAACCCCGCAUUCCCGCUACCUGCAGGCAAGAGCCAGUUACGCGCCGUUCUCCUCGAGGCACGCGAUUUCUGCUCCGGUGCAACAGGUCGCAAUGGAGGAAACUUGACACCAUACGAGUUCCAACACUUCAGAGAAGUCAGGCGGCGCUUUGGAGAUGAAGAUUCUCUCAAACACUACGCUAUCGAACAUUAUUCUUCCACUGAAAUGGUCCGGAUCGCUCGCGAAGCAGGUUGGGCAGACGAGGCUGAUAUUUUCGAAGGCGGACAUAUUGAUGCAAUACUCACUGAGGAAUUACUGGCGGAGGUACACGCGGAUGUUGACUCGGCGAAAGCUGCAGGAAAGAAUGUCAAUAUAACGUGGGUUGACCGAGAGGAAAUGAACUCGACUUACGGAACAUAUAAUUGGGGCAUUCGUUCACCAGGAUACAAUCUCUGGCCAUUGAAAUUCGUGAACAAAUUGUUCCUUGAAGCGAAUUCAACGACUCGGUCGCUAGAUCUUCGGCUCCAUACCCACACCCCGGUUAAUCAAGUCGUACCUCUUGACUCAGAAUUCCAUCCCUGGGCUCUAGUCACCCCUCGCGGGCCUAUUAACUGCUCCCGUGUACUGCAUGCAACAAACGGUUACGCUUCGCACCUCCUUCCCCAACUCGCCAGCUCAGCAGGCAUCCUCCCUGUCCGUGGUCAAGUCAUUGCAACUCGUGCAUCCGUCGCACUCUCCACCAUCACUAAAAUUUCCUGGGCAGGCAACUCGGGAUAUUGGUUUCCUCGCCCUGCACCAGCCAACACUACUGGACCAGAAAAUCCGCUUAUAAUUCUUGGUGGCAGACGGGAGGAUGCAAAACCUCCUUACGAGGUUGGGACCACAGAUGACAGCACCCUCGAUGCAACCAUCAGUAAAUCUUUGCGCGCUUUUUUACCCACACUCUUCCCCCGAUUCUACGACCCCGACACGCAGCCAGAGAUGGAGUGGACCGGAAUUAUGGGUUACACUCCGCUGGACGUUCCGUUGGUCGGCCGUGUCCCAAGCCGAAAACAUCGAGCCCAAUACAUGUCGGCAGGGUAUGCCGGGCACGGCAUGCCUCGUGCAUAUGGCUGUGCAGAGGCGGUUAUCGGGAUGAUGCUGGCUGAUAUGAGAGAGAUAGUGUGGAUAGCACCUAAAUGGUUUCCGAAGUCUUUUUUGACGCGGACAGGGGGUGUGUUGACAUGA